AUGCCUCCUCCACCACAAACAGUAGCGGGAGGAUCGACCUUUGAUAAGAUGAAGAUGGGUGCUAUAAUGGGAAGUUGCGUUGGAUUGACAAUAGGUUUCAUCUUCGGUUCAUUCUCAGUAUUACGAGCAGGUCCAGGUCCUAGAGGCUUAGUAGCCACUUUGUCUCAAUACAUGUUAAGUUCAGCUGCGACUUUUGGUUUCUUCAUGUCUAUCGGAUCUGUUAUACGAACAGAGUCCGAAUUCGCAUAUGCACUUCCACCUGCCGCAGCUCGGAACGUAAAUCAACCUCUGAUGAUGGCUUACAAGAGGGCCGAAGAAAGACGUAAGAUGGAGAGUAGACAAUGA